CUGCUCUGCUCCGCUCCGCUCCCCAUCAAAACCGCCACGCGUCCUCCCCGCUGCAACGCCGACCACCCGACACCCAGAUGUAACGCUCUCCGGCCGCCGCGCCACACCGCGCCACCACUCACCGGCCAUGCCGAUGCCGGCCACCUCGCUCCCGUGGUGGCUGUCCACCACCGCGUGCUCCCCGCCUCCGCCGUCUUCCUCCUCCUUCUCCCUCUCCGACCGCCUCGCCUUCCUCUUCCUCUCCCCAUGCCCGCAGCGCGUGGUCCUCGGCGGCGCCGUCGACCUCGCCUUCCUCCUCGCGGUGGUGUUCGUCGCCGUCCGCGCUCGCUUGUCGCGGUCCCGGCGUGAGGGUAUCGCGAACGGCAACGGGGACCACGCGGAGGAGGAGCCCCUGCUCGCGAAGCCGUCUGUGGUGGCUGCGGUGCCCCCGCCGCCCCCGCGCGGGGGGUUGCGGCACGCGCUCGCGCUCGCGGCGUCCGUGUGUUUCGCGGCCGCGUCGCUCGUGCUGCUCGUGCUCGCGGUCGUGCUGCUCCCGAGGACCGCAUGGCUCGCCGCGGAGUGCGCGUUCCUCGUGGCGCAGUUCGUGGCGCACCUCGCCGCUGUGGGGGUCGUCGUGGCGGAGAAGGCGGCCGCGGCGCGUUCUCACCCGGCGCACCUCCGUCUCUUCUGGGCUGGGACUGCGGCUCUCGCGGCGCUCUUCUCCGGCUCCGCGGCUGCGCGCUACGCGGCUCGCGAGCCCAUCCUCCCCGACGAUGCCGUCGCGUUCGCUGGGCUGGUGAUGUCGCUCCCUCUUCUCUACUUCUCCGUCACCGGCUCCACCGGCCUCGGUGGUGCGGCGAUUCCCGACGGGGAAGACCGAAGCUGUGUUCCGGGUCACGCCGCGGCGGCGGCGUCGUACUCGACGGCGUCGUGGUUGUCGCUCGCGACGUUCAGCUGGAUCAACCCGCUCAUCUCCAAGGGCUCCAGGGCGGCUCUCGCCGCGGACGAUGUCCCGCCCGUGGCGCCAGAUGAUACCGCCGAGGCGACUUACGCGCUGUUCGUGUCAAACUGGGCCGCGCCGCCGGCGCCGGGGACUAAGGCCGGGCAUCCCGUGGUCACCGCACUUCUCCGGUCGUUCUGGCCGCAGUUCUUGCUCACCGCCAUGCUCGGCCUGGCGCACCUCUCGGUCAUGUAUAUCGGCCCUUCCCUCGUCGACAGGUUCGUGAAUUUCGUCCGCCGCGGCGGGGAGUUGACGGAAGGGCUUCAGCUGGUCGUCGUCCUCCUCGCCGGCAAGGCGGCGGAGGCGCUGGCCUCGCACCACUACGAGUUCCAGGGGCAGAAGCUCGGGAUGCGCAUCCACGCCGCGCUGCUCGCCGCGGUGUACCGCAAGUCGCUGCGGCUGUCCACGGGCGCGCGGCGCGCGCACGGCGCCGGCGCGAUCGUGAACUACAUGGAGGUGGACGCCGAGGAGGUGGCCAACGUCACGCACGAGCUCCACAACCUGUGGCUGAUGCCGCUGGAGAUCGCCGUGGCUCUCACCCUGCUGUACACCCACCUCGGCCCCGCCGUGCUCACCGCGGUCGCCGCGAUCGCCGUGGUGACCGUGGUCGUGGCGCUCGCCAACCGCCGCAACCUGGAGUACCAGUUCAAGUUCCUCGGCAAGCGCGACGAGCGCAUGAAGGCCAUCACCGAGCUGCUCAACUACAUGCGCGUGAUCAAGCUGCAGGGGUGGGAGGAGACGUUCGGCGGCAAGAUCCACGAGCUCAGGGAGGCUGAGCUCGGGUGGCUUGCCAAGUCCAUGUACUUCAUGUGCGCCAACACCGUCGUGCUCUGGAGCGGCCCGCUCGCCAUGACCGUGCUCGUGUUCGGCACCUGUGUGCUGACCGGCGUCACGCUCGACGCCGGCAAGGUGUUCACGGCCACCGCCUUCUUCCACAUGCUGGAUGGACCAAUGCAGAGCUUCCCCGAGGCGAUUGCCUCCGUGACGCAGGCGACCGUGUCACUGGGGAGGCUUGACAGGUAUCUGCUCGACGUGGAGCUUGAUGAUACCACGGUGGAGCGUGUUGAUGACGCUGGGAUUAACCCUGAUGGUGUGGUCGUGGAAGUGCGCGAUGGCGUGUUUGCAUGGGACGUGAGGGGCAAGAAGGAGAAUGAAGAGGGCGACGACAACGAGGAUGAUGAAGAAGGUGAGGAGGAGGAGGAGGAGAAAGAUGUCGAGGAGACGCCUGUUCUGGAGACAGUGCUGAAGGGGAUUAACAUUGAGGUAAGGAGGGGUGAGCUUGCAGCGGUGGUCGGGACGGUUGGCUCCGGCAAAUCGUCGCUGCUGUCAUGUAUCAUGGGGGAGAUGGACAAGGUCUCCGGGAAGCAUGCAAACUCUAGCGUCCUGGCACCCUUGCCGUCCGCCGCGGAGACCAUAUGCAUGCAUGGGCUUCGCCCUUGCAGUCCACAACUCCGCCGUCGCCAUUCACCAGGAUCCCUGGCCAGCAGCCGCAAGAUGCAAGCGUGCGAUCGCGUGAGGGAGAGGAAACAACGCAAACGGGUUAGGAUAUGCGGGAGCACUGCAUAUGUUGCACAGACUGCUUGGAUUCAAAAUGGCACAAUUCAAGAGAACAUCUUAUUUGGGCAGCCAAUGGAUGCUGAAAGAUAUAAAGAAGUUCUGCGGUCUUGCAGCCUGGAAAAGGAUUUGGAAAUGAUGGAAUUUGGUGACCAGACAGAGAUUGGAGAGCGAGGGAUCAAUCUCAGUGGUGGACAAAAACAACGUAUUCAGCUUGCCAGGGCAGUUUAUCAAAAUUGUGAUAUAUAUCUCCUUGACGAUGUCUUCAGUGCAGUUGAUGCACAUACUGGCUCAAGCAUUUUUAAGGAAUGUCUGAGAGGCAUGCUCAAAGGAAAGACCAUCUUACUUGUAACUCACCAAGUGGAUUUCUUGCAUAAUGUGGAUAACAUAUUUGUCAUGAGAGAUGGCAUGAUUGUGCAGUCAGGGAAAUAUGAUGAGUUACUAGAUGCUGGCUCAGAUUUCUUAGCUCUUGUUGCUGCUCAUGAUAGUUCAAUGGAACUGGUGGAUCAAAGUCGACAAGUUGUCAAAACUGAAUAUUCUCAGCCUAAGGCGGUAGCCAGAAUUCCUUCUCUUCGCUCUAGAUCCAUUGGAAAGGGUGAGAAGGUACUUGUUGCACCUGAUAUAGAAGCAGCUACUUCUAAAAUUAUACGAGAAGAGGAAAGAGAAAGUGGUCAAGUAAGUUGGCGUGUGUACAAGUUAUAUAUGACAGAGGCUUGGGGUUGGUGGGGGGUUGUCGGCAUGCUUGCUUUUGCAAUUGUAUGGCAAGUUACUGAAAUGGCUAGUGACUAUUGGCUGUCAUAUGAAACAUCAGGCAGCAUUCCAUUUAAUCCAUCUCUAUUUAUUGGAGUGUAUGUUGCUAUAGCUGCUGUUUCAAUUAUCCUUCAAGUAAUCAAGAGUCUUCUUGAGACAAUAUUGGGACUUCAGACUGCUCAGAUCUUUUUCAAGAAGAUGUUUGACAGUAUUUUGCAUGCCCCGAUGUCAUUUUUUGAUACCACACCUUCAGGGAGGAUUCUCAGUCGGGCAUCAUCGGACCAAACAACCAUUGAUAUUGUGCUGUCCUUUUUUGUUGGUCUGACAAUUUCAAUGUACAUUUCAGUAUUAAGUACCAUAAUUGUUACUUGUCAGGUUGCCUGGCCAUCGGUUAUAGCUGUAAUUCCACUUGUACUAUUGAACAUUUGGUACAGGAAUCGCUAUCUUGCAACUUCUCGGGAGCUAACUAGACUUGAAGGAGUAACAAAGGCACCAGUAAUUGAUCACUUUUCAGAGACUGUUCUAGGUGCUACAACCAUCAGAUGCUUCAAGAAGGACAAAGAAUUUUUCCAAGAAAAUUUGGACAGAAUCAAUUCAAGUUUGCGCAUGUACUUCCACAAUUAUGCAGCAAAUGAAUGGCUUGGGUUCCGUCUGGAGUUGAUUGGGACACUCGUAUUGGCAAUAACUGCUUUCCUUAUGAUUAGUCUGCCUAGCAAUUUUAUCAAGAAAGAAUUUGUUGGCAUGUCUCUUUCAUAUGGCCUCUCCCUCAAUUCUCUAGUGUAUUUUGCAAUAUCCAUUAGCUGUAUGUUGGAAAAUGAUAUGGUUGCUGUGGAGAGGGUUAAUCAGUUCAGUACCCUUCCUUCUGAGGCAGUGUGGAAGAUAGAAGACCAUCUUCCUUCUCCAAAUUGGCCCACUCAUGGUGAUAUUGACAUCGAUGAUUUAAAGGUUAGGUACCGACCGAAUACACCUCUAAUUUUGAAAGGCAUAACUGUAAGCAUUAGUGGUGGUGAAAAGAUAGGAGUUGUUGGAAGAACAGGCAGUGGAAAAUCAACUUUGAUCCAAGCAUUGUUCAGACUUGUAGAGCCUGUGCAGGGGACAAUGAUCAUUGAUGGAAUAGACAUAUGCACAUUGGGUCUGCAUGAUCUGAGGUCCCGCUUUGGCAUUAUUCCCCAAGAACCAGUUCUCUUUGAAGGAACAAUUCGAAGCAACAUUGAUCCAAUUGGGCAGUAUUCAGAUGCUGAGAUAUGGCGGGCUCUGGAGGGCUGCCAACUGAAAGAUGUAGUUGCUUCAAAACCUCAAAAACUUGAUGCUCUAGUGGCUGAUAGUGGGGAGAACUGGAGUGUAGGCCAAAGGCAGCUUCUUUGUCUUGGCCGCGUCAUAUUGAAGCGGACUCGAAUAUUAUUUAUGGAUGAGGCAACUGCUUCAGUUGAUUCUCAAACUGAUGCCACGAUACAGAAGAUCACACGACAAGAAUUUUCUUCAUGUACAAUAAUUAGCAUUGCACACAGAAUACCAACAGUCAUGGAUUGUGAUAGAGUUCUGGUGCUGGAUGCAGGUCUGGUAAAAGAAUUUGAUUCACCCUCAAGAUUGAUUGAGCAGCCAUCCCUGUUUGGUGCAAUGGUUGAGGAAUACGCCAAUCGCUCAUCCAACCUGUAACUCCGUCUGUUAUACACAUUUUCUCAAGCAAAUCAGAGUAAUUUUGCUAGGGUGAGACUACUUCACAUCUCAAGAACUAAAAAAAACUAAAACAGUAUGAUAAUGUUCAUGUGUACCCCAUUUGAAUCUUUGUUGUAGCUUUGCAGCAUUUUUGUUAGAAGCUCACUAAAGGAGGAUAGUAAUAACUAAAAUGUGGAUGGUUUUAUUUCUGGCAUUAACAAAGAUCCCUUCUUGAUUUGUAUUACCUUACGUACGAGUUGACUAAAUGACUGUUACAGAGAUACUCACUCUAUCCAAAAAAAAAAAAAAAACAACCUUAACUUGGAUGGGAUAUCACAAAUUCGUUGUCCUAGGUGAUGUCCCAUCCACACCAAGAUUAAGUGUUUUUUUGGGAUGGAUGGAGUAUGGUGGUGUCCCAAACACCACCUAUGUUGUUUCUUUCAUGUCUUACUUGUAACAAAUGACAGAUGCACAACAAGAUUAUAGUGAAAAUGCCAUUGCUGACGUGAUGUGUCCAGCAUGGGAUCUUUAUUGCAUUUGACGCAGAGGAUCAGAUUCGGAACAUGGAUUACCUUCCUGUGUA